AUGUUUAUCCACUCGCAGAUACGAAAUAACCUCCUGGCAGUCGCCCUCUUCUCGUUCUUUACCUGGGCCCAGAAUAGUGUUCCUCCAUCCGGCGCGUUGAUUGUGAGGCAGGGAAAGGCAGGGAAGGGAGAAUACGCCACUAUUUCAGCCGCUGUAGCUGCUUUGAAGGGGCUCACCGGCCCAAAGACUAUCUUCGUCUAUCCUGGUACUUAUUCCGAGCAAGUUAAACUAGUCUAUGACUCUCCAUUGAUUUUGCAAGGCUACACCACCGAUCCCACAUCCGCGACCAGCAAUCAAGUGAAUGUCCAGGUGGCUGUCAGUGCAGCGCAAGCCGGUAGCAAUUCUAAAAGCGCGACGAUUUGGGCUUACAGUGACGACAUCCGUAUUUCAAACUUCAACGUCAUCAACUCAUUUGGAACAGGUACUGAUACUCAGGCGCUUGCUUUGGCAUCUACGGGAAAAAGACAAGCUUUCAAAUAUUGCACCUUCAGUAGCUUUCAGGAUACUGUCGAAGUUGAAGGCCUAUCUUAUUUCUACGGGUGCCGUGUAGAAGGUGCAGUCGAUUUUAUAUUUGGUCCUGGGUCUGCUUGGUUUACCAAUAGUAUUUUGGCUGUCAAGGCUGCAUCAAAACCUGUUGUUACUGCUCAAAGGAAUCGUGCGGGAGGGAAAACGUCCAUCGUAAUCGACAACUCACAAUUCAUUUCUGCUGGCGCUAAAGCAGGAUCAACUUAUCUGGGCAGACCGUGGUCUGAAUACGCAAGUGUAGUGGUCCAAUCAUGUUCCCUAAGUGACAUCAUCAACCCAGCGGGUUGGAGUGCUUGGAGCCCUCCAAGCGAUCCACGUACUUCCCACGUGUCAUUUCAAGAAUACAAAAACUCGGGACCUGGUGCAAACUCAAAGGCUCGUCAAAUUGGUACUCAGCGGUCAAGCAAAGUAGAAAUUGCCGAGGUUUUAGGAUCUGAUUACGGUGUCUGGGCCAAUUGA